CCCGCCCGCCUGGAGGGGUGGCGCCUGGGUGGGGUUUAGGGUUAGGAGAGGAUGUGACUGCGCGGCCAGGAAGCUUCGGAAAAGUUCUGAUUAAAACACACACACAAAGCCAGGUCCUCGCCCUGCUGGGCGAUGGGCCCCCAGCAGCCGGUGGGACUGGGCCGGGGCUUGCCGAGGGGGUUGCUCCCAAGCACAGGUCAAUGACACCCAUGACCAGCGCUGCUAGCGGGACCGGAACCAGCCUCUGACCCAAUCUGGCAGCCUGACUGACCCACCACAAAGACAGAGAGCGAGUCCUGCCAGCCCUGGGGUCCAGCCUGCUCAGCUGAGGAGCCGUGGAGCCAGGGGUGGCACCGUGCCCGGCUUGCCCGAGGAGGCCCUGGUCAGACCAUGACAGGCGUCUGUGACCGGCCCCCCAACUUCCUCUCCCCAUCUGGAGACCAGACUCUGGGGCCUCCCCUGGGCAGUGUGGUCACGCUGAACUGCACGGCCUGGGUGGUCUCUGCGCCCCAAUGUCCCCUGCUCCUAGUCCGGUGGCUAAAAGACGGGCAGCCGCUGGGCAACGGCAGCCACUAUGACCUUCAUGAGGACUCCUGGGUCAAGGCCAACCUGUCAGAGGUGCUUGUGUCCAGUGUCCUGGGGGUCAACCUGACCAGUGCUGAGGACUACGGGGCCUUCACCUGCUCCAUCCAGAACGUCAGCUCCGCUUCCUUCACUCUCUGGAGAGCUGGCCGCGGGUGUGUCGUUUGGGGCCCUGGGCCGGCGCCUCCAGUGUCUGCAUCGCCCAUGCGUCCCCACCUUGGCCCCCAGACGCCUUCCUCCGAUUUUUGGAAAGAGCUACAGCUGGCGCUGCCACGGAAGGUGCAGUACAGAGCGAUGGAGGGAGACCCCCAGACGCGGCUGCAGGAUGACAAGGACCCCAUGCUGAUUGUGCGGGGCCACGUCCCCGAGGGCCAGGCCCUGGACCCCGAGCUGGACCCCGACCCCGAGGGGGACCUGGGUGUCCGCGGGCCUGUCUUUGGGGAGCCAUCAGCUACGCCGCAUGCAAGCCGGGCCUCGCUAGGAGAGGGCCGGGGCAGCGAGGUGGACGUCUCGGACCUCGGCUCCCGGAACUACAGCGCCCGCACGGACUUCUACUGCCUGGUGUCCAAGGACGACGUGUAGCCGCCCCUCCCCCAUCCCCUGGGAGCCGGACCUGGAGCCCCCUGGGGGCGGGGGUGGCCCUAGUGCCCCUCCUUGUGCCAGAAAAUAAAGUCCUUUUGGACCCUA